GAUGCUGUCUUUUCGUUUACCAUCCACCUCAUGUCGUCGAAUGAAUGGUCAACUCUCUCGCUUUUGGUGGGCGAGUCAGGACAAGGAGAAAGGGAUUCAUAGGAUUGCCUGGCCAGCAGUGUGUGUGAGUAAGUUUAGGGGCGGAUUGGGAUUCCGGGAUUUCGACUUAUUCAAUGUAGCCAUGUUGGCAAAACAAGCUUGGAAGAUUCUACAAUCCCCAUCUGCCAUGUUAGCCAAGAUGUAUAAAGCGAGGUAUCACCCCCAAGGCUCAUUUCUCAAUGCUCCAACGGGCACUCGGCCAUCUUGGGCUUGGCAAGGCGUUCUAGAAGGCCGCAAGCUCCUGUGCAAAGGUCUUCAGUGGCAGGUCGGUAGUGGGACAGCAAUCAGAAUUCUCGACGACCCUUGGCUACCCACAUCACCUCCAUCUUCUCCGAUACUGCUACCUGGAGUUCAACUUACGGAUCAGUUCGUGGCUUCCUUGAUUAAUCCCCUAUCCCGGACUUGGAACAAGGAUCUUCUCUGCAACUACUUUACUAAUGACAGCGUCAAAUUGAUUUUGUCUAUUCCGCUUCCAUCUUCCCCUAGGACUGACAAAUAUAUUUGGCACUAUUCUGAUACAGGGGAAUAUACAGUCAAGUCCGGAUACCACCUUCUCUCGGAGGAGCGCGCGGAGAUGUUUUCCAACCUUCCGCCGCAUCUUGAUUCUCAGUUUUGGAAAACACUGUGGAGCUUGCCGAUUCCGCCCAAGCUCAAAUUUUUCUUGUGGAGGGUUGUCCGCGGAUUUCUACCAUGCCAAGAAAUUCUGCAGCUUAAAUCCCUUUGCGAUUUGAAUGAAUGCCCUGUUUGUUCUUCGGGGAUAGAGUCCAUCUCUCAUUGCCUUUUUGAAUGCAGGGUAGCUCGAGGGGUCUGGAGCUUGGCUGGAAAAGAGCACAUUAGAGUUAUGAUAGCGAAUCUUUCCCCUGACUUGGCUUGGUCUGUUAUGUUUAACUCACUGCGGCUCAGUAAACUGGAGAUGGCGGAGAUCCUGUUCCUCACUUGGCGAAUAUGGAAGGCUCGUUGUUGGUCUUGUUAUGAUCGAGUCUAGUAUUUGCCAGGCCCUCUACUUCGCCAAUUUCUGCAGCAAAGGGACGAGUGGAUAGCAGUUACAACGACAAGCGUGCAGCACAGGAAUUCCCCUGGUCGUCUCCCAAACACUUCACCUUCUCCAUCCUGUCCACCAGGGGGUUUGUUGAUUCGCUUUGACGGGGCGACCCGACGGGGAGUUGGUGGCAGUAUCGGUUUUGUGGGUAUAUCGGCAUCAGAUAUGUUCAUCCAUGCCUACGGUAAGUAUUAUGAAGGCUUAUUCAACCCAUUCUUAUUGGAACUCUUAGCGUUGAGAGAUGCUAUAGAAUGGUGUUUAAUUCGGGGAUUUUCAUCUGUUUGUUUUUGUGGCGAUUCUCAACUGGUGAUUCGGCGAGCAACGGAGAAUGAAGUUCAGCACAAUCG